UAACUCGUUGAGCCUUCAGACGUUUGGCCUCAGACCUCGGCUCUGGUCGGUCUCAGAGGUUUCUGCUGCUCAUCAUCCACCAUGAUCGUCUACCUGCCCUUCACUGCUCUCAUCCUCGUAUCUCACUUCACAUGUGGCGCUUCAGGUUUAGAUGGUAUUGUGGAUUUACAAGCGGCCAACACUACAGAGAGAAACCAAACAUUCACAGUGUCCACAAACAACAGUACAACAAAACCAAACAACGUGACAUCCAGUUUGUACGCAGACGAGAAGACUUGGAUUGAAGAUGAACUGGAAAGCAACCACACAUCUGCCGUAAUCACAGAGGAUGACGAGAGUUUCCAGGAGCAGGAAGAUAAGUUUCCAGGCCAACACUGCCAUCAGGAGUUGCUGGUAGAGUCCAGUCACUUCUACUGUGGUGAAACUUUUCACCAGGAAAUGAAGUUUAUCAGCACAGAGAAGUGGUGCAUCCUGAAGAACGUCAUCAGGCCGUACCAUGAAAUGACAGUCUGCUUGGAGGAGGUGAGUCAUCUGGUCGGCUGCUAUUUCCCAAACCCCGACAUCCAGGACUUCUUCCUCUUCAUCCACUCCACAUACUUCCAGAACUGCAGUAAAGGUGAAGGAGGAGAGGAGUUCCUGGAGGACGCUCCUCACGGCCUGGUCGUCCUCCUCACCAUUGUCCCCGUCGGCUUCGUCCCUGUCCUCGUCUAUCUGGUCGUCUGGAAGAGUAAAGGUCAGGUUUAGUCUCCAGCCUCAGCGCAGAGCAAGUUUAUGAGAAAAUCAUCACAGGUGGUUCAGAAAAAAAUGUACAUUUCUAGAUGUCUUACAGCCAUGAGCUUAGAUUUAGUUGGAGUGUUUGCGAAUUAUAUGAGAUAAGUUCUAAUGAGAUAUUUAACUUUUUGCUCCACUGUUUAGGACUUGUUUCCUUUAAACUAUAUUUAUGUCUAUACUGUUAAAAAAAAUUUAACAGUUUUUACCUUUAAUUUUUUAAAAUUUUCUGUUGUUUUACAGUUUUUCCUUGUUUUCUCAAUCUAAAGCUAAUAACAAGGACAUUUUUCAGAAAAAAUAUUACUUACAUGUAAAAUUUUUUAAAAGCCCAACAUGUGUAGUUUAAAAAGUAGUAUUUUAGUUUCACUAUUAUUAUUGUAUUUAAAUAGAACAGAUUGUUUUCCGUUAUUUGAAAUAACAGUUAAAAUUUUAAUUGUUUUUUAUUUUCACAAUUUUAUUUGUUUAUUUCAGAUAUCUAGUAAAAUCACCAGAAUAAAAUGCAUUACAUCUUUUAAUAUAUAAAAAAUUAAAAACAAAAAUAAUCUGCAGGAAUCUUGUUUUAACUUACAUGCUAGCUGUUUAGAAAAUGCAAAACUGUCUAAAAAAACACUUCCACAUCAAGAAUUUGUAGUUUUAAAAUUUGUAUUUUAGUUUUACAAUGUUUUAAAUUUACAGUAUUUUAAUGUAUUUAAAUAAAAUCGGUUUUUGUUUGUUUGAAAGGGAAAAUUCUGGAAAAUGGCAAAUAAUUUCAAUUGUUAAUUUGCAGAUUUUCCCUUUUUUUUUAAAAAAUUCAAAAAUACAUAUAAUAUCUAGUAAAAUCACCAGAAUAAAAUAUUGUAAAGUAUUUUUUCACAUUUUGACUUUAAAAAAAACUAUUAAAACUAAUGUCAAGAAAUAUAAUUUAAAAAAUGACAACAGUAAUGUCCACAUCAUUGAAUUGAAAUUGAAAUUGAAUUUCCCUUCGGGGAUAAAUAAAGUUCUUGCUUUGUAUUGUAUUGUAUUGUAUCAAAAAUAUGCAUUUUUACAAAUAGUGACUACUUCUUUUUGCAGCGUGUGACCCUAAAAUGACAGCAUUGUUAUAUUUAGCUUAUAUAUAUUUGACGUUAUUUUCAACAUUUUCACCGUUUUUAAUGUUACACUUUUCCAUCAUUUGUUUUGCUAUGUUUGCCCAUAAAAUUACACUUUUUUCGCUGCUUUUUGAUUAGCUUUUUUUAAACAAAUACUUGGAAUUUAAAAUAUUGCAUAUUAAGGACUGAAAAAUGUCAAAUCAUUUUGUAACUUUUAUUUGACAGAUUUUUCCUGUUUGGUUAAAUGACAUAAAUGUUAUCUCCUAAGAUCACAGUUGAAAAUAUAAUGAAGGCCACUUACCUGAAAUGUGUAAUCAGACUCAUCAGAAGGGUUUACAGUGUGCAAGCAAUUUGGAAGCAAUUAACAGAUCCAUAGUUUUUACCAAACAGAGGAAUCUGCCGGUUUACUUAUUUUAACCAGGGAUAUUCCCAUCCCCCUCUGAUCAAAAUAUAUGCUUUUGUCAUUAUCAGAUACAAUAACCGUGGAAUCAUAUGCCUUUAUAGUCUCUGGAUCUCAACCCAUAGACUGAAUAUAAAGAUGGAUGUAGCAGGCAGCCCUGAAAAGUAUUAUCCAGAAAAACUGCAUCACCAGAUACUGGGAGAAAUGACUUGGAUUGGAUUGGGCCCAAAAAUUAGAACAUCCUCAGUAUAAAUCUUAAAAUUGAAUUCUAAAUUGAAUUGUAAGACCUUAAAUCAUCAUUUAAGGUCUUCACUGGGGAUGUACAAAUGUAGUUUUUGUCAUUGUUUCCAAUCCAAUUCAAGUCAUUUAAUAUUUAGUAUCUGCCAAUAGUAUACCCACUACCAUUUUUCUAAAUAACACACACUUCAGGUAUUGCAGAUUAACUGUAGUAUCUGAUUGUGCCACCAGGUGGAGCCGCUUUCUGUUUAAUAGCAAUAUAACAUGCCUCUUAAAAUUUCAAAAGUUUAUUCAAGGAGUAUUCGACACAAAGUACGACUUGAUGUCCAAGUACUUGUAGAUUAAAAGCUUAUUUCAGUCCAAACUACUUGUAGUUUUAAAGGUUUAUUCCACUCAAACAGUACUUUCUAACCAGUUAUGGAUUUAAAGGUUUAUUCAAGACCAAACACUAUUAUAUGUCCAAGAACUGAAAGUUUCAAAGGUUAAUCAACUGAAAUUGUAUUCUAUAAUCACCAAGUUAUGGUUGUAAAUGUUAAUUCCAAAAAUAAUGCUUUCUGUUUGUGAUUUAUCUUGGUUACUAAGAGUUGCAUUUGGACAAACUAUGUGCUUGUAUCAUUAUCAGGUACAAUAACAAUGGAAUCACAUCCCUUCAUAGUCUCUAGAUCUCAAACCAUAGACUGAAUCUAAAAAUGGACAUGGCAAGCUGCCCUUAAAAGUGUUAUCCAGGAAAACUGCAUCACCAGAUACUGCGAGAAAUGAUUUCGAUUGGAAAUUUGGAUAUGAAGGUCUAUUCAAGGAGUAUUUGACACAAAGUACUACUUGAUAUCCAAGAACAUGUAGAUUUAAAGCUUUUUUCAGUCCAAACAUUACACAUAGUUUUAAAGGUUUAUUCUACUCAAACAGUACUUUCUAACCAGUUAUGGAUUUAAAGGUUUAUUCAAGAAAAAAAUAUUACUAGAUGUCCAAGUACCUCAAGUUUUUAAGGUUCAUGCCACUCAAAUAGUACUCUAUAAAUACCAAGUUAUGGAUUGAAAUGUUUAUUCCAAAAAUGCUACUUUCUGUCUGUGAUUUAACUUGGUUACUAAGAGUUACUAUGUGCUUGUAUCAUUAUCAGGUACAAUAAUGGAAUAUGUUUAUGUUUGCCCUCAGAAUAUCAGAGUUGUAACAAGGCGCCUGUGUUUUCUCUCAAAAUAAAACAGCAUUAAGCCUCCAAA